CGUGGCCCCGUGGCCGGCACGAGGAUGGAGGCCGUGGCCCUGUACAACUUCCAGGCCGACGAAAGGGACGAGCUGGCGUUCAAGAAGGGGGACACGCUGAAGAUCCUGAACAUGGAAGAUGACCUGAACUGGUACAAAGCAGAGCUGUUUGGCACGGAAGGAUUUGUCCCCAAGAAUUACAUCAAAAUGAAGCCCCACCCGUGGUACUGCGGCAAAAUCUCCAGGCAAGCAGCCGAGAAGUCGCUCUUACAGCAGCAGUUCCGGGGAGCUUUUCUCAUCAGGGUGAGCGAGAGCAGCCCGGGAGACUUCUCCAUCUCUGUGAACUACGGCCAGCAAGUGCUGCACUUCAAAGUCCUCCGAGAGAAGGGGGGGAAGUACCAUCUCUGGGACGAGAAGUUCAAUUCGCUCAACGAGCUCGUGGAUUUCUACAGGACCAGCACCAUCGACAAGAAGGGGCAGGUGUUCCUCAGGGAUCACAGAGAAAUGCAGGAGCCCCAGAAGCCGAAGUUUGUCCAAGCGCAGUUCAACUUCACGGCCGAAAAUCCCUCGCAGCUGAGCUUCUGCAGAGGGGACGUCCUGGAAAUCCUGGACUGCUCGGACCCCAACUGGUGGAGCGGGAAGAUAGGGGUGAAAACCGGCAUCUUUCCCCGGAACUACGUCUUCCCCCUGCGCCUCUGACCGGCUGUGCCCGCCAACCAGCUGGAGGGUCUUUCCACAGCAGCCGGUCAGCAUCCCUCCAGACGAGGCCAGAAGCUCAUGGACCAUGAAUGGCCGUCCCACUGGGACCUUUUGUAGGAAGAGAAAAGGGGGGCCGCUCUCACACGGGGACUGAUAUUCUAAUAAUCUUCAACCCUUUCAGACCGAGGACCCGCUAUUAGCCCAAACAUGCGUCAGGGGAGCGACUCCUGGCUGCAACCCAACCGAGCUCAGGCGGCAACCCAACAGGGGCAGCAAGAGCAGCUGGGCCCAAGACGGUGAGAAGCUGGCCGUGUUCUGGGAGGUACCCACGGAUCGUGUCCUGCCCAAGGGUCCUCCAGAAACCGGGGCCGUCAACCGGUCGUUCGGUUUUCCACAAGGGAGUAACGUAACUUGCUCCUGCCAGGCCCGACUAGGUUAAUCAUCGUCGUUUCCCUUCGGGGAACCUGGGCACUGUAGCUAGUGAGGAUGCUGUCCUGUAACCCCCCGGUUCCUCUCCUGCAGAAUUACAGUUCCCAGCAUCUCCUGCGGAAAGAGGGUGGCUGAGAGGCCGGCACGCAUUCUCGCUGCGCUGGCACCUCCGUUUGGCGGGUUUGCUUGUGGCUGCCCUUCCGGCCUGCCUGGCCCCGGACAGGUGAGCUCAUUCGAGCGAGAUACGUUUGUGCCUGCAACUCCACAGCCACGGCCUCAUCCAGCGAGCCCCUUCCACACCCGGGUGGUUUCCAAUGUCGGAACACAGGGCUCGUUCGUGACGCAGGGGGGAUUCCCAGAGCAAAUCUCUGUUCUCCUUUUUCUGUUGUAAAAACACUCAGGUAUCUGUCUCUAGAUUCAUGUGUGUGGGCCAGGCCUACUCCAUAUCAAACUGUGAUUUUGCUUCCUCCUUUCGGGAGUCACUACCAGCAGCAAGUCUGAGGAAGGAGCGGUCGGAUAAACAUCCGCGGCCAGCCGAGAACGCCAGGAGCUGCCGCUUGGCCUUCUGCAGGCUGCCUGCCACUUCCAGACGCUCGCGAAGUCCCGGGCUCGUCCAGCAAAGCUGCGAGACGGAGCGAUGGCCUCUUGGCCCACUUUGCCCGGGGCGGCUCGCUUUGCUGAGUGGGGGCGGAAGCGCCCCAAAGUCUCGGGCUUAACUGUGUUGCCUAAAACUGCCUCCAGGACAAGCUGCACACGCUUUCCGAUUUUCCAAUACCAAAAUAUGUUUGCUUGCUUGUUUAAAGCAGGAAUGCUCAGGCAUCUUCUAUCUGUCCUCCAUCUCAGUUGUCGUUUCAGUGAAACAGUACUGGAUUUUGUGUGUCCUUCCCAUCCGCGGUGGUGCUUUUUAAAUAGCGCAGCCUUUGGUGAGCUGAAUGGGGUUCAGGUCAGAGUAUUAUGGGCUGUUUGCUGCUCGGCGUGCUUUUCUGCAAAAGAACCUUCCAGGAUUUCAUUCUCUCUCUCCUUACGGUUACAAAAGAAAAUUUUCCA